ACUGAUAAAACCUCACUGUUAACCUCAGUUUAGCUCGGGCAUUUAAACCCCACGGCAUACACUGAGCCAAGCGGUGUGCCUUUAAGAAAACGGAACUAACCCUUUACUCGUGACGUUGGGCUGCCAGGCUCUGCAAGUCUGUGGGCAGGAAGUGCCAGCGAACAACGCGCUGAUGAUCACGCUCUCCAGUAUAGAGAAACAGAAAAGGAGAAGACGGCGUGCAACAUGACAAUAGAAAAACACAUGUCUUGGAUUGUCUUUUUUCACACCAUCAAAUCGAAAACCAAAGGGACUUGAGUCACCAGCGGCCGCGGACUUAUUGUCAAAAAAACUCGCGUGCCCUCAGUGCGAGAGCGAACACCAGGAGGGAAGCAGACAACUGUCGACUACAAGGCAGGGGGGACUGAACUGAGCGAGGAGCCAUGAGAGAAUACAAAGUGGUCGUACUCGGGUCCGGUGGAGUGGGCAAGUCUGCGCUGACUGUUCAGUUUGUUACGGGUUCCUUCAUUGAGAAGUAUGACCCGACAAUCGAGGAUUUUUACAGGAAGGAGAUAGAAGUGGACUCUUCUCCGUCGGUACUGGAGAUCCUGGACACUGCGGGCACAGAGCAGUUCGCUUCCAUGCGAGAUCUCUACAUUAAAAACGGGCAAGGGUUCAUACUGGUGUACAGCCUGGUGAACCAACAGAGUUUCCAAGACAUCAGGCCAAUGAGGGAUCAGAUUAUCCGCUUGAAACGGUACGGAAGAGUGCCCAUGAUCUUGGUCGGCAAUAAGGUGGACUUGGAAAGCGAGAGAGAAGUCUCUUCCGGCGAAGGCAAGGCGCUGGCUGCGGACUGGAAUUGCCCGUUCAUAGAAACCUCAGCAAAAAACAAGUCGCUAGUCGACGAGUUGUUUGCCGAAAUUGUGCGGCAAAUGAACUACACAUCGGCACCUCAUCGAAAAGAUCAGUGUUGCUCUUGCGUCGUGUUGUGAAGAUUCUGACGGUGAAUGCGUAACUGCAACACAGCACCCCCAAGAAAACUUUUCUGUUGGAGGGAACAAGCGAGACACAGUGUUGGGCGCGCCUGGAAGAGUUGUUGUAGCCUAUUGCACCGUCGUAGUCAGCCCAGCAUUACUUGUUUACAUGGGAAUAAGUACUUGAAUGUUAUUCACACACAAUGGAAAGACUUAGAUGUUACAUCAUGCUUCCUGGCUGCCUCUAUGGAUACUUUCAAUCUUAUCUCCACAUCAAUGCGAGUAUUUGGAUCAACUCCUAUUUUAUAACAGAUGAUUAAUCACUUUUUUUGCGGAGAAUCUGUUCUUGCACCAUGGGGCGUGCCCGGCACAGGAACUGAUGAUGUGUAUUUGAGGAUCAGCUGCGACUUUUAAGAGCUUUUGAUCUGUCUGCAAAGAUGUGAAGACUGGCUGACUUUACCUCCUGUUGUUGAUUGCCAGAGGACUUGAUUGAACACUCACUCAAAACACUGGCGUCCUAACGUGAAAAGUAUAGAUGAGAGCAGUCACAAAACAGUGAUCUUGACACUGUGUUGUGGAGACCAGUGCUAUAGAGCCAAAUCGCCUCUACUACUUGCUGCAAGAAUUGUAGCCUACCCAAGAAUAUUCUGUCCACAUCCACACCCUUGGGUUGAAAUCAGGGUUAAAAUUUUCCUCCAGACUUUAAACAACAACAACAACAACAGCCUUUUGCUUUGUGCUUUUGCAAGUGAAGACUUGGGCAGCAAGUCCAGUGCCUUAAAUUCUUAUUGCCAUGUUUGAGUGCCAAUCUAAGGAAUAUUUCUUCGUACUAUUUUGAUUGUGAUGAUCCGCUUAUACAGGCUCUUUGGGUGGACAGCCCAGCCAGCUGAAGCUUUCUAAUAAGUGACAUGGGUGAAAGAGGUUAGCCAGAGUGUUGGCCCUUUUUUUAGAAGAAACAAAGUGGUACUACCCCUUUCUGACCAUAAACCAAACCACUUGUUUGUUUUUUUACUCAGUUGACACUUUUUUGUAUAUUGAAAAACAUUUGUGUGUGUGUGUGUGUGUGUGUGUUGAAAUGUGUGUUGUAAAAUUGAAAUUCAUUUGUGAUAUUUUACCAUAGUUCAGCUCUUUUGAGUAACGUUUAAUGCAAAUAGCUUUUUAUAUGAUGAACAAAAGACAGUGUUUGUAGAAUUUUAAAGUGAUUGGGUUGAGAGUCAUUGUAUGUGUCAGAGGACAAGUCUUCUCACACGUAAGCAUCUUAAAAAUGCUAAAUGGUGUGUUGUCUAGCACACCCUUGCUGUCAAGGAAUCCUAUAGGCUACAUGUUUAUGAUCCAAAGCACAUUUUCUACUUGGGCAGUAUUUUUCCGGCAAGCGUUAUUACCAUUUUUCUGCUGUUUCUAAAUCAGAUGAUGUGACUCAUAAUAACCUAUGGCUCUAUUGCGGCUUCCUGGCGCUAUGACCAAUAAAAGUAUUGUGAAAUAAUGUGA